AUGGUGCUUUUACAGUGCUUUAGCAUUUUAUUGAAAUGGUCUCAGAAAGUUUUCGGAAAGACCUUAUUUCGAUCUCUGAUGAAGGCCACAUUUUAUGGCCAUUUUGUGGCAGGAGAGAAUCAAGAAAUGAUCAAACCUUUGAUAACCCAGAAUAGGCAGUUUGGAGUGAAGGCCAUAUUAGAUUAUAGUGUGGAAAAAGAUAUGUCGUCUGAUGAUGCCAAAAAAGCAGAAAUGCUGAGUUGUGUGUCUGAAGAUCAGCCUAAAGACCUUCCAGAAACCGGAGAGGUCUCAAAAUUUCGAGCUCAUGAAGAAUUUGGUGACAGACGUGAAAAAGUGACGUCUGCUAGAACCUAUAUUUAUGAAGAUGAAGCACAUUGUGAUGAGAAUUGUAAAAUAUUUCUAGAAGCAAUAGAUGCUGUGUCAGCAUCAACAAAUAGUUCAGGACUUGCUGCUAUUAAAUUAACAGCUCUAGGUCGACCUCAAUUACUGCUGCAAUUAUCAGAAGUGUUGGUUACCAUUAGAAACUUUUUUGAGUUGUUUGCUGGUAAAGAUUGUGGUGUAGAAUUCAGGAAAUUUAAACAGGAAGACAUGGCCAAGACAUUAGACUCUAUGGGGAUCUCUUUAAAUCGUGCUGAGUGGAAGGAAUGGUUCCGUGUUUUAGAUACAGACAAUGAUGGUGAAAUAGAUUUAUUAGAUUGGGAUAAUUUACUAGCUGUAAAUACUAGUUUAUCUAAGUUGUUUAUUAUACCAAAUUUAAAGACCUGUAGAUUAGAAGCUCUGACCUCAGCUCUAACAGAUACAGAAGAAGAACAGAUGAAGAAUAUGUUGAAAAGAAUCAAUUCUAUAGCCCAGUAUGCAAAAGAAAAAGACAGUCGUAUUAUGAUAGAUGCUGAACAGACAUAUUUUCAACCUGCUAUCUGUAGAUUAACUAUGGAGUUAAUGAGAAAAUUUAACACAGAGAAAGCAGUAGUAUUUAAUACUUAUCAAUGUUAUUUAAAGCAAGCUUUUAAGAAUAUUGCUCUAGAUAUGGCUGUAGCUCAGAGGGAGGAUUUUUAUUUCGGUGCUAAACUUGUUCGCGGUGCUUAUAUGGAGCAGGAACGUGAAAGAGCUUCAGCACUAGGCUAUGAAGAUCCUAUCAACGAAACGUAUGAAAAGACAACUGAAAUGUACCAUAGUAUACUAGAGGAAAUAAUGAAACAGAUCAAUAUUCGAGAACGUGGUAAAAUAGCUAUCAUGGUGGCCACACAUAAUGAAGAUACUGUUAGAUACACAGUAGAAUUGAUGAAACGCUAUGGUAUCAGUCCAAAAGAUAGAUUGAUAUGUUUUGGACAGUUAUUGGGUAUGUGUGAUCAUAUCAGUUUCCCUCUUGGUCAAGCAGGUUAUUCUGUAUAUAAAUAUGUACCGUAUGGACCGGUCGAGGAUGUUUUACCCUAUUUAUCUCGACGUGCAUCAGAAAACAGUGGAAUGCUCAAAAAAGUUCAAAAGGAAAAGAAAUUAUUAGGGAGUGAAAUUAAAAGAAGAAUCAAAUGUGGUGAAAUGUUGUAUAAACCACAGGAUCAUAUCCCAUCUUCUGUUAUGAUAUAACAUUUUUAUUUUUCGUAAGGUCAUGCAGGAAAUAUCUGCCCAAAAUUCAAGAUGAUAUAUUCAAACAAAUAUAUUAGUAUGCACAUUUUGAGACGAUUCAAAACAUUAACACUAUCCGCCCACCAUAUAUUUACUAUAUGUUAAUAGUUGAAUACUGAAUAACUCUGGUUUGUAGUUUUUCACCUCAUAACAAGUAUACUCUUCAUGUUAAUGUUUCGAAUCCUCAUGAGCCCUCAAUGUCUUGGCUCAACUAAGCCAAAUAUUAGUUGUUUACCAUGAAUCAUGGUUAUUUUGGAUAAAUUCUGGACUUUAGAAAUUGCAUAUCAGAUCUGUCAGAUUAUCAGCAAAAUUAAACAGUGUAAACAUUUAGCAUAAUUAUUAUAAGUAUUACACACCUCUAUUUCUAGUUUCUACCAACUAGGAACAUUUAAUAUUUCUAUUUAAAAUGGAAUUUUUUAUAUUUAGUUUUUAUUUCUGGUGUUUUUGUAAGAGACCAUUUUAUGGGUAAGUUUAAGAUUCAGUUUUUCAACUGCUGGUGUAAAAAUUCAGUUCUAAGUGUUGAUUUACUUAAUUGUGAACAGCUAAUAGGGAAGACAGAGUAAAGUUGUUUCUAUUUUAAUCUCAAAUAUUAUUUUUGUGUUUAGAUGAGGGGCUGAUGAUGUUUAUUUAGACAUGUGGUUAUAUUUAUGUUAAAAUAAUCAGAAAUGAGCUAAGUUAAUAAAGAAAAAAUGAACAAAAGCCUGAAAAGAAUCUCAUACUAAUGAUUUUAGAAUGUACUAUUGCUUAAAAGGGAAUUCCUAAACAACAGUUUAGAUGUAUGAUUUAUAUGGUACAGUCCCUUUAAGAUAUUGUAAAUUAUUUUAUAAAUUGUAAAUAAUAUUUUAGUUGUUAUAAAAUAGCCUUUUUUAAUGGCUUUGUUUUUAUUUUGAAAAUUUUAUUGUUUACAAUUUACAUACCGGUUAAAUUAAUGAAUCUCCCACUAUUGUAUUUUGUAAACCCAAACUUACUGACUUUUCGUUGUGGCUCUGGAUGUGUAUUAGCUAGAGUCAGAAAAACUGGUUGAAAAAGAAAAUUUCGUGUAUGGGAUUGAAGUAUAGCUAGUUUUUCUGAAUCUGGCUAGAUGACAUGCAAUGAUAACAUACAGAGUUGAGAUUAGAAAAAUCAUACAGUUUGGAUUUUAUGUCUUUUAAUCUUCUGAAGUCUCUUGCCAAGUCCCAUCAUUACUACAGGGAUACAUAUACAAUGUUAGGCAUAUCAUAAGCUGCAUUAUGGGAACAUGUUAUCUUGUCUGGCAAACUGUUUUUUUUUAGAAAAAUUUGUGUUUGUUAUCAUUUUUAGAUUAUAUUUUAUGAGAUUAUUCAGUAUUUUAUGUGAUAGAUUAUUUUAUCAGUAUUACUGAAGAUAAUGAAUGUAUAUAUAUAAAGUAUAAUAAAACUAUUCAAAUAU